AUGUCCGUAAACACGACAGAAGCUUCACCUGCUGCCUUAGUGUUGGUCUCUGUCAUUGCAAAGCCUCUGCUCCCAAACCCUGUGAUAUCUCUUCCCAUAUCUGUCCCCAAGCCUGUCCCCAAGCCUGUCCCCAUGCCUGUUCCCAUGCCUGUCCCCAUGCCUGUCCCCAUGCCUGUUCCCAUGCCUGUCCCCAUGCCUGUUCCCACGCCUGUCUCCAUGCCUAUCCCCAUACCUGUACCCAUGCCUGUACCCAUGCCUGUACCCAUCUCUUCAUCCAUCCCCAUACCCCCCCUCAUGGCCGCUCUUCUAUCCUCGUCAUCCCUCCUCUCUGCACCAUCACAGCUUGUCUCAUCCGUUCUCUCUUCAUCCUCUCUAGAGGCACCACUACCCUCUAUACGCUCUGCCUUGCCUUCUGCUGCCCUUAUUUUUUUCCUCCCUUCCCCCUCCCUUUUCCUCUCUUCCCCUUCUUUUUUCCUCCCUUCCCCCUCCUUUCUGCUGUCUUCCCUCUCCCUUAUCCCCCCUUCUCCCACCCCUCUCCUCCCCUCUCCUUCCCCUUCCCUUAUUCUCCCCCAUAUCCUUCCUUCUCCUGCUCUUCUCCUUCCCCUGCCCAUAUCCUUACUUCUCCUGCUAUUAUCCCAUCUCCCCUUUGGGUUAUACAGUCUUCGUCUGACUGGGGUGAUGACGCGACCUGACGUGUGUCAAGGAGAGGGAAAGCAGUUGGAAGAGGGGGAAAGGGUGGAGGAGGAGGAGGAGGAGGAGGAGGAGGAGGAGGAGGAGGAGGAGGAAGAGGAGGAGGAGGAGGAGGAGGCUGGCUGA